AAGUAGAAAAAAGUGUGAAAAAGCUUUAAAUUUUCUCGUUCAUUAUACUAAAAAUUACUCAGGUGCUAUCCAAAAUUCUAGCGAAUAAAAUGAUAAUUUCUGUACUGAGCUAAUUCGAUCGAGAAUUGACAUCUACAAUGAAUUUUAUAAUCAAGAUUUUUACAAUAUUUGCCGCAGUCACCCUUUGUUGGGCAAGGAAACAUACUUUACAAAUUACGAACGAUGCCCGCAAAUAUAUUCCAUUAAGCAAUUUCGGGUUUUUCAUGGGAGGAUAUUUGAGUGUCCAACUCACGAACUUUACUACAGAUAUCAAAAAUAAUUCAUCUAUAUUUGGUUUCAGCCUGGAUAAAACGAUAAAUGAUGGAGUAAACCCUUAUCUCGAGGGACAUGAAGAACACUGCAUUUUGCAAGAAAAGUUGAAUAAGCCCCAAACCGAGGAAAUAAUCUAUUUUAUUUUGAACCGUGAAAAUAACAGGCUCGAUGUAAGAUGUGCCGGCAAACAGAAGCACAUUCACAUUUCCGAGAAAGAUGAUGAAGACGAUGAGUACGAUUACAUUGAGAGCAAUAAAAAAAUAUUGAUAAACGAUAAAGUAGAUUGUACUGAUUUGAAAUUGAACCUAAUACCUUACACCAUCAAUGGUAAAACUUACUAUAAUACCUCCUUUGUAUUGUACAUUAGAACAAUCGAAGAGGAAGGUUUAUACAACUUGAUAUUCUACAACUGCCCGCAAUUCGAUAAGCUAAACAAUAAUGAUAUUCACGUGGAUUUCAACAUACACAUCGUCGAGCACAAUCCGAGUAGUUUUCUAUCGGCCGGUGACAUGCCAUUGCCCGCUCUUUAUUGCAUGUUAUCGAUACUCUUCCUGCUCUCCGGCAUGUUCUGGGUGUUCUUAUUAAAACAAUCCAAACACCCUGUAUUCAAACUGCAUUAUCUCAUGGCCGUGUUGGUUUUCUUGAAAGCUCUAUCGUUGGCUUUCCACGGAGUGAAUUAUCAUUAUAUCGAGCAGCUCGGAGUGCAUUUAGCCACGUGGGCUAUACUAUUUUACAUAGCGCACUUGUUGAAAGGAGCCGUUCUGUUCGUUGUGCUGGGCCUCGUCGGAACGGGAUGGACGUUCAUCAAACACGUUCUCUCUCCUAGAGAUAAAAAGGUGUUUUUGGUGGUUAUACCGCUGCAGAUACUCGUAAACGUUGCCGAAAUAAUAUUGGAAGAAAGCGAAGAAAGCUCUAGGGAGUAUACGACGUGGAAGAAUUUAGCCACUUUAAUCGAUUUAGUGUGUUUAGGAUGCAUUUUGUUUCCUGUCGUGUGGUCUAUCAGACAUUUGCAAGAAGCUUCGCAGACUGACGGCAAAGCCGCUUUGAAUCUGAGAAAAUUGAAAUUGUUCCGUCAUUUUUACGUAAUGGUUGUGUGUUACAUAUACUCGACUAGGAUCAUCGUUUACUUGUUGAAAAUAACCGUUCCCUUUCAAUACGGUUGGUUACACGAAAUGUUCAAGGAAAUGGCCACUUAUGUGUUUUUCGUUCUCACCGCUUACAAGUUCAGACCUGCUUCUCAGAAUCCUUAUUUCGCUUUCGAUGAUGAAGAUGACGAUGAUGAGGUUGAAAUAUUAACCGAGAGUGGUGUGACGGAAGGUUUGAAGAAAAUCAAUUCGAGGAUAGUGAAAAUUCCAUUACACGAGCAAACAUUUACGGAAGUAACAGAAGAGGAAAAGGAUGCAUUGUUGGGGCAGAGAGAAAGCAGUCACGAAUACGAUUAGAUUUCAUUUCUUUUAAAUAUUAAUAUGCUUCAUUUUAUGUUACUGUGAUAUGUUUUAUAUGUAAAUGAUUAUUAGCUCAAACUAAGAUAAAAUUAAAGGCGAUGAUUAAUUUAGCGAAAUGAAAAUCAUCAAAUUAAGCGGUCCAAUUUGUCGAAAUAUUAUUUAAAUUAAACAGGUUUGUCUGGUUUCAUCUUUUUUAUUGGAUAAAGUAGAAAAUUUGCAAUGUAAAACUCAAAUUUGAAUGGACGGAAAGAUUUAUUGUUCUACUUCUCUUAUAAUUCGUAAGCACUCUUAUACCAAAUUUAUAGAAAUAGUUAUGGUUAUAUUUAUUAAGCAGUAGUGUUCAUUUCUUAAAUAUUUUCAAUAAAAUAGUAAUGCUUAA